AUGGCUAAAGUUAAAAAUAAAAGAAACGCUAAUAUGGCUGAUAGAGUUCACAAUAAGAAGAAAGCUGAUGCAAAUAAAAAGAAAUUGAAUCCAUUCGAAGUUCAUAUUAACAGAGAGAAGCUGAAAGUUUUAGGAAAGAAAUCUAAACAUGAUCGGGGAUUACCGGGUGUAUCGCGGGCUAAAGCAAUUCAGAAGAGAAAAGAAACCUUGGGAACUGAAAUGAAGCUCAUAAACAAAACUAAUACUUUUAUUGAUAGACGCAUUGGUGAGAAGAAUAAUCAGUUAUCUGCUGAAGAUCGUAUGAUAGCCAGAUUCGCAGCUGAAAGAGCUAAACAACAUAGCAAAAAGAAUAUAUAUAAUCUGGCUGAUGAUGAGAUUUUGACACACAGAGGUCAAACUUUGGAACAAAUAGAGAAAUUCGAUGAUCCAAGGUCUUCUGAUGAUGAGGAUGAGGAAAAAAGAUUUGGUGGAUUGGGUGGGGAGUUUGUAUCUGAGGGUCACUUUGGUGGUGGCAUGUUAUCAAAAACAGAGUCAAAAGAUGGAGCUAAAUCCCACAAGGAUUUAAUAGAACAGCUCAUAGCCGAGUCCAAAAUACGGAAGGCUGAGAAACAAAAGGAAAAAGAGCAAACUUUAGAUUUAACGGAAAAGUUGGAUAGUGAAUGGAAAGAUUUACAACCUGUAGUGUUCAAGCAGCAAAAACAAGAAGAGUCUAUAAUAGAUAAGUUAUUAAGUAAAGCAGAAAAGGGACUUGAUUAUGACAGAAUGAUGAGGGAGCUGCGAUUUGAGAAACGAGGAACACCAUCUGAUGGUUUAAAAAGUAAAGAAAAGCAAGAUGAAGAAGAAAGAAAGAAAUUAGGAGAAUUAGAAAAACAAAGGGAACUAAGAAUGUUACCUGAAGAAGAAGUUGUUGCAUCCAGAAAUACUAAGCCAGCCAAUAAACACAGAUCUGCAGAUGAUUUAGAUGACAAUUUUGAAUUGGAGGAUGAAAAGGAAUUCAUGUUGGCCUAUGAUAAUGAGGGAAAACCAUUAGUUCCAGAACAUGUAUUGAAAGAUUACUCAGUUCCAAAUGCUAAAAAGAAGUUUGAAGAUGGUAUCUCAGAUACAUCUGAAUCUGAAGAAGAUGCAGAUAGUGAAAAUGAAUCUGACAAAGAAAGUGGUGAAGAAGACAAUAUUGGUGAAGUUUUAGAUGCAAAUCUGUCUAAAGAAAAAAACAUUAAAAAAGGAAACAUUAGUGAAAGUUCUGACGAAGAUGAAUCAACGGAUGAUGAGAAAUCUGAAGACAAUAAUCAGAGAAUAGAAGAGAAAAUUCAGUUCAAGGAAAAAAAUAAUCUUGAAAAUGAUAAAGAUAAAAGCUUAAAAAGGAAAAAAGAGGCAGAUUCUAAUGAAGUUAGUAACAAAGAAGAUACAGAAGAGAAAAAGAAAGCAAAAUUACAAAAUGAAAAGAAGGAAGAAUUGAGUAAAAGUAACUUGAAAAAAGAUUCCAGUAAUAAAAUAACUCAUAAAAUUGUCACCAAAGAAAAAUCUGAUGAAGGGAGAAAUUCUGAUGAAGAAGAAAAAUCUGAAGAAGAAAAUUCUGAUGAACAAGAAGAAUCUGAUGAUAAUGAGGAUGAAGAAAGUGAAGAAAAAAAAGAUGAAUUUAAAGAUCUGAUAGAAUCUGAAGGAUCAGAUAGUGAAAUUGAAGAUAAUAGCAAAAGGAUUAGUUCUUUCUUUGAUUUAAAAUCGAGUGAAUGUGAUAAUUUAAAGGAACUACUAACGGGAAAGUCCCCUUCACAACAGGCUGCAGCACUACAAAAACUAAUUAAAAGUUAUGAUCCGGGUCUUUCUGAAAAUAACAAAGAAUUAUUAAGUAGAUUAUACGCACAUUUACUUCAGUAUAUUCACGAUAUAUUCUCAAAUUUAACAGAUGAGGCUGAUAUAAUAAAAUCAUUUUUAGUUUUCAACAAAUUAGUACCAUAUUGCUAUGAUUUAGUACAUUUAAAUAAAGUGUCCACAAAAAAAUUCAUAGUUGAAUUAUUAAAAGAAAAACAUGAUAAUUUCAAACGCAAUUCUAAAAAAGUACCUGAUCUGGAUACGUUAAUAUUUUUUAAAUUAAUAUCUAUUUUAUACCCGACAUCUGACUUCCGGCAUCCGGUAACGACGCCGUCUUUGUUUUUCAUGACGGAAAUACUAACUUUGUCACGUUUUCGAGAUGCCUAUUCGGUUUCUAGAGGAUUAUUUAUAACUUCUUUAAUUUUAGAAUAUACUUUCCUUUCAAAAAGAUAUGUACCGUCCGCGUUAAACUUUUUGAGGGGUAUUUUUUAUUUAUGUGCUAAUACUUCAAUACUAAAUCCCAUACAAGUUGUCCCGCCAUUCCGUAUACAUAAAGACGUCAAAAUUUUGAAUUUAGAAGGCGACUGUUCAAAGAUGGCCGUCGAUAAUAAAAUGAAGGCAAAGGAUUUAGUUUUAACAGAAGUAAGCGACGAUUUCAAAAUACGCUGUCUAUACACAGCAACAGAAAUGUUAAAAGAAUUUUUCGAUAAAUAUGUCGAGUUAGAAGUAUUAAAAGCCAUUUUUGAGCCACAUAUACAAUUAUUAGGUAGGGUCGAUUUAGAUUUAUAUCCGAAAAAUGUAGCGAAAAAAGUUACGGAGGUAAUACAAUAUAUGAAACAAACGUUAGAAGUAAAGACGUACACACAAAUGUCAAGGGAAAAAGUCCGACCGAAAGCUUUGAGGCUGUACGAACCGGACAUUCAAGAUGUCUUCACUGGCAGCAAGAGUUCCAAGUUAUCUAGAGAGAGUGCAGAGAAGGCCAGGUUGCAAACCAAAUAUAAGAAGGAAAUGAAAGGAGCACUCAGAGAGAUCAGACGAGAUAAGGCAUACAUAGGCUCUGUGAAGAUACGGCAGAAGAUACACAGUGACAACAUAAGGAAAGAUAAGGUGAAACAGAUCUAUAAAGACGCAUCCAUACAACAAGGGGAGUUAAAUAAAUUAAAACGAAUGAAG